AUGGGGGGGCACGGGGGGUUGAACAUUCUUCCGCAGAAGCGGUGGAACGUGUACAAUUACGAGAACCGGGAGAAGGUGCGCAAGGACGAGGCGGAGGAGGCUGCGCGCGAGCAGGCGCUGGCGGAAGAGCAGCGCCUCCGCGACAGCGAGUUGCGCCUUCAGACUCUCCGCGCGCGCGCGCGGCAGCAGCACCUUCCACUUCCGCAGCAGCAGGCGGCGGCGGAGGAGCGUCUGCUUCCCCCGCAGGACCAAGCGGCGCAACCAUGGGCGGCAGAACAUCAUGCAGUGGUGGAUGCGGACUCGUCCCGUUUGACCGAAUCUCUCGCUAUAAGCUCACGCGACUCUGUUCCGCAAGCUGGCGCGCUUAACGCGGGUCACAUAAACCUCUUCGAAGGCUUAGACUCGGCUGAUUUCUCCGCGCUAGCGUGCGGUGCAGGCGCGCAGGCGAGCGACGCGGUGAGGCCCGGUCGCGCGCAGGAGGUGUGGGAGAAGGAGCACAAGGCGGGGGAGGAGGAAAAGCAUAGAUUAGGGUACGGAGCGGUGGGGAAGGGUGGGAAGCAGCCGUGGUAUGCCCGAGCGGGUGACUUGACAGCGGAGGAUGGGGAAGGAGAGGCGGGGAAGAUUAAGGGGGAUGCAGGAAGCAGGGCAGUGGGAAAGAGAAGACCUGUGGAAGCGAAAACAGACUCACAAAGAGUGACUUUUCAGGUGCCUCAAAAGUUGGACUCCGAAAGAGGAAAGAAGGUUGGACCUGGGAAAGAAAUUCACCCUGCAAAAGACGAAGUUAGAGACGACAAUGGUGAUGACGAUGAGGACAUGUCUAGUCCGAGGCACAAGAAGAAGCGGAAGCACCGAAAGAGGCGAUCUGCUUCGCAAGACUCUUCUUCCUCCACUUCACUUGCAAGCAGCGACGAUGACGAUGAUAACCACCGCCGCCGCCACCGCAGUUCAAGGAAACACCGUAAGCGGCAGCUCGUCAAAGCGAAAAUUUCCUCCGCUGAUCGGUCUUCCCCUGAGAGUCCUUCUUCCUCCUCGGACAGCGACAGUGAUCUUGGAGCGAGAAAGAAGCAGAGGAGCAGGCGGCAGUCUGAUUCGCCAGACUCCUCUUCCUCCUCAUCCCUUGCAAGCAGCGACGGUGAUGAUAACCGGCAGCACCACCGCCUGACAGUGAUCGUCGAGUGGGGAGAAGGCAGGGGAGCAGGCGCAGGCGCAGCGGCAGGGAUAGAUCCAUGGAGAGGGGUGGGCAGCGUCAACGCAAGGAGCAUGUCGUGGGGGAGAGGCAGGGGAGGGAGACACGCAGGGGGCUAG